AUGACUCCCGAAGCACGGCAAGAUGAAGAAGGAGAGAAAAAACCAAUUACUCUGAUCACGCUGGUCAAAGCUGAGGAGUGCCCGAUACUAAAUCAGUCGGAAAAUUUUCCCAAACUAUUAAGACUUACGGCAUAUUGGUUACGAUUAAAAGAUCAUUUUUUACAUAAAACCAAGUUCCACAACCCUAUACCAACCACAGAAGAAAUUAACAGAGCAUUGUUAGCCCAGGUGCGCUGGACUCAGCAAACAUUCUUUGGAGAAGAGAUACACCACCUGAAGAACAAUAAAACAUGCUCCGUCCGACUCCGAAAGUUGUCCCCAUUUCUGGACGGUCAAAAUUUAAUCCGGGUGGGAGGUCGUCUAGUCCAUGCGAACAUUCCAUACGCAGAAAAACACCCCCUGCUACUACCAAAAUCUCCACGUUUGACCAUGCUGUUAAUUGAUCACGCGCAUCGUACCAAUGGUCACCCGGGACCCCAAACGUUGCUAAAUAUUUUAUGUCAAGAAUACUGGAUAAUGUCAGCUCGCAGUAUCGUCAAGAGCAGAUUACAUAAAUGUAUACCGUGCUUUCGUGCCAAACCACGGAUUAUACAGCCAAUUAUGGGAAAUUUACCGAGACAUCGAGUAAACGAAGUUAAGCCCUUUGGCAAGUCUGGUGUGGAUUUUGCAGGGCCGUUCGAAGUAAAAGCUGCGAUAUUGCGGAAAAUUAAGGUUACUAAAGCCUACAUCUGUAUUUUCGUUUGCUUGGUAACAACCGCCGUCCACAUCGAGUUAGUGUCCGACCUGUCUACCCCUAUGUUUAUUGCCGCUUUCAACCGAUUCGUGUGCAGAAGGGGUAAAUGUACAGAUAUAUUCAGUGACUGUGGCACUAAUUUUGUCGGAGCCCAGCGAUAUUUGAAACAAAUCUAUGAUAUGACCCGAGAGACGAGAUUCAUUCAUAACAUAAGUCACCAUCAAAUCCAAUGGCAUUUUAACCCGCCUGCUGCCCCUCAUAUGGGAGGUAUAUGGGAGGCAGCGGUGAAAUCCGCCAAAACCUUGCUGCACCGAAUCAUAUCUGAUCGUGUUCUCACCUAUGAGGAGUUGAACACUGUCCUUCAUCAGGUAGAGGCAACGCUCAACUCCAGGCCGUUAGGUGCCAUGUCAUCUGACCCAAGUGACUUCAAGACUCUCACCGCUGGACAUUUUCUUACCAUGGGACCACUCGUCACCUUGCCAUCGCCUGAAGAACUGACUAACCCUACGGCCUCCAUAAGCCCUCGAAACCGUUGGUCACUUAUUCAGCAGAUUCAUCAACACUUCUGGUUACGUUGGAACAAAGAAUACCUCCAUACCCUGCAAGAGCGACCGAAAUGGGCUCAUCAAAAUGUAAACUUGCAAGAGAAUGAUUUGGUGAUUGUUAGAGAACCUUCCCCCCCACUAACUUGGAUUACAGCACGAGUAGUCGAAGUGCACCCUGGCACAGAUGGAGUCGUCAGAGUAGCAAAAGUAAAAACAGCACAGGGAAAGCUCCUUACUCGACCGGUGGUCAAGCUCUGUCCGUUACCUUUGAGAGAUUGA